AUGCCGGCCACAUCGUAUACUCCUGGUGAACUCCUCAUCCUGCGUAGCUUCCUCCCGGAGUGGAAGGCGGGUGACUCAAAUGACCGUAAAGAUGUCCGCUCGCGUGCCGUCGAGAAGUUGGAGGCCCACCGGGGAAAGCCGUUGAAGAAGGAGGGAAAAAAGGCUGUUCGGGCUUGGUUUUACAAUGCCGCACCUGUUAAGAACAAGAAACGGAAAGACCGUCCUGCUGUGUUCGGCCGGCGGCUCAACUGGCACCGUGUGGUAGCUUGGCACAUGCCCGCGGAGUUGGAUGAGAAGAUGGCUGCGACUGGGGUCACCCACGGAGACAAGGACUUUCUCGCGACUUAUCAAAAGGAGCUGCGCAAUCUGGCCAACAGUCUGCCCCGGGCGAAACAGCGGGAGUACAAGCAGGAGGCCGUCCGAUGGAACUCGGAAGGUCAACCUCAUGAAUUGCAGGACCGGAACAUCGUUCGGAAGAGCGAAGCGGUCAUGUUAGACUUCGCAAAUUACGUCUGGAGGAACUUCGGCAUGCGUGUGUUCGUCCACGCUGUUUACAAAUCCCUGGAAGGGAAACCGUGUUUAAUCGACUUUGAUUGCAACGACCUUGUCGACCCCAACGCCCAGCGUGCAGCGGGUCGGGUGAAAUUCAAGGACAUGUACCCCGACUACAAACGUGCGGACGGGUUCCGAGAUCUAUUCAAGGACUAUGGGCACAAAUUGUUCGCGGGCGAGGACUUAUCGGAGGAGAGUGAUGCGGAUGUCAGGGCGAGUAAGCGGGGUGUGCCGAAGAUUGACUGGGAGAUGUACGAUGACAACACCCCCUGUAUGCCCCACCACGGCGCCGAGUGCUUCAAAAAUCUACGGAACAAGAAGGCUUUUAUUUCUGACUUCGUCCGGCUUCAUUACGUGGCCUAUACAAAUAUGCCGAAGUUGAAAGUCCCCUGGGUCGCUCUCCAGGCGACUCCGGAGAAGCUUCUCGAGGCCGGGUCGCUUCCUAACGGUGUCACCCUCCAAGAACCGUCGCAUCUGAAACAGGCGGAGGUUGACUCUCUUAUCGCACACUGGCGUACAAGGGCUAAUUCCUCACGGCUUGCCUUUGUGAUGCGUUUCAUUGCCUACCGAAACCAUCAAAGCGAAAUCGUGUCUCUGGAGCAUGAGGAGCCGAGGACUGCUUCCCGCCGCGCUGCCCGGAGGCACGCCCGCGCCGUCAGUCGUCCCCCGUCCGAAGGGUCGUCGGUCGAAUACACGUCCCUCAAAGCGUGCUAG